AUGCCAUUUGUGAAGGGCUCCCCUGUUUGGAGAAUGGUUGAAUCUCUGGAAGUUUUCCGAAUCAUGCCACAAAAGCCACAUUUCCAACCUUUGUUUAAAUGUAAAGAGUUGGAACGUGAAGGAUUUGCUAUUGGUCAGAUGGUGAAAUUUGCCGAGGUGGUUGAAAGGACAUCCAAGUUGCGAGGCUAUUCUCCGUUUGAUGUUUUCUAUAGCUGUUUGGAAGCUCUUGCUGACCUGAAAAUGCAUGGCUUUGACGUUGAGGUGGUAGUCUGUCGUAUUAAUGACUUGUUGUUGAACAAAGAAAGGCUAGCACAGCUUCAAAAUCAGGCUAAAGAAGUUGACAUUCAAAUUGCGGAGCUUACUCAUGAAAGAUCCAAUUUGGAGGAAGAUAUUGAAGCAAUUGACAAGAAGAUACGCGAGUUAGAAGCGAAACGAGCACUGGCCAUGUCAAUGAAGGAGAGGAAAGACUCAGAGAUUUUUGACCUGCAAACAAGAGCCAGUGCUAUCAGUGCGCAUAUUUCGAAGGCCUGUCAUGAUUUUGCAAGUCUAUCUGGCGCUCCUUGA